CGGCCAGGGGCUUUGCUCCAUGCUGGGGCCCGAGGCGGCCAGACCCCCUCCCAGGUGGGCUGGGGGCUGCCCAGGGCGCUGCUGAGAUGCACUAGAGGAGCAGAGCGAGAGCUUGGCUGCAGCCCAGCCCUGGCACAGCCUUGCCUCUCCUUUUGAUUUUAUUUUAAUUUUUUUCCCCUCCUCCCCUCCACUUCAUUUCUUGCCUUCCCUUUCUUUCUCCUUUAAGUGGAAAAGCCUUGCCAGCUGGGGAAGGCUGGGAGGGCAGGGAGAGCCUCGGCAGGCAGCAGAUAAAGAGUGCGGAGGAGGAGAGGAAGGAAUUUCGGGGCGGCCAGCGCCCGUGGGACGUGCGGCACAAGCGCUUGCCCAGUGGGACCCUGCCCAAGGAUUUGGCCACCGAGCCACGGAGCCCGCCAUGCUGUGCCCCUCUCUGAAGACAUCUCUCUGGCUCCUCAUCCUCACCGGUCUGCUGGAGGUAACAUCCGGGGGCAGCGGGCUGCACAUCGAACCCAAAGACACUGAGCUUGUCCUCGGCCUCCACAGCACCUUCUCCCUCUUGUGCUAUGGGGAUGGCGCGCUGGUCUGGGAACGGGAGGGUCAGCCCCUCGCUGCCUCGCUGGAGCACAGGGAUGGUGUCUUCGUCAGCAAUCUCACCCUCAGGAACGUGACGGGCCGUCACACCGGGGAGUAUGCGUGCACCUACAGCCCUGACCAGGUUCCAGAGCCAGCAGAGAGGAAAGCCCUGUACAUCUACGUUCCAGAUCCCUCCCUAGUCUUCCUCCCCACAAUCACCUCCGAAGAGCUCUUUAUCUUCAUCACGGGCUACACAGAGGCCAUCAUCCCAUGCCGCGUGACCAACCCGCAGAUGCAGGUGACCCUCUAUGAGAAAAAGGUGGAGAACCCCAUCCCAGCUGCUUAUGACCCACAACAGGGAUUCAAAGGCUUCUUUGAGGAUAAGACCUAUUUCUGCCGGACAAUCGUGGAUGACCAGGAGGUGGAUUCAGACACCUUCUAUGUCUACAGGAUCCAGGUGUCAUCUGUGAACGUCUCCAUCAGCGCAGUGCAGACCAUAGUUCGUCAGGGAGAAAACGUUACCCUGAUGUGCACCGUGAGCGGCAAUGAGCUAGUCAACUUCAACUGGGAUUAUCCCCGCAAGCAAGCAGGGAAGGCUGUAGAGCCGGUGACUGACUUCCUGCCCGGAUCCACCCAUGAGAUCCGCUCCAUCCUCAUCAUCCAGAAUGCGGAGCUGGAGGACAGCGGGACCUACAUCUGCAACGUCUCUGAGGGCUACCAUGAGAAAACGGAUCGGAAAGACAUCACGGUCCAUGUGAUCGAACGUGGCUUCGUGCGCUUCCACACCCACCUGCCCAGCACAGUGUAUGCUGAGGUCCACAAGAGCCGCACCAUCCAGGUGGAGGUGGAGGCCUACCCACAACCCAGCAUCGUGUGGCUGAAGAACAACAAGACGUUGACCGUGGAGAGCAACAGCGAGUUCACCAUCACCAGCAGGAACCUGUCAGAAACCAGGUACCAGACGGCUCUGGUGCUGGUACGGGUGAAGCAGGAAGAAGGAGGAUUUUACACCAUCCGGGCUUCCAAUGAGGACGAUGAGCAGGAGCUGUCCUUCCAUCUGCAGAUAAAUGUGCCAGCCAAAGUGGUGGACCUCAAGGAGAACAGCAGUGCCAGCAGUGGGGAGCAGACCGUAACAUGCUCUGCUGAAGGCAUGCCCCAGCCGGAGAUCAGCUGGUCUACUUGCAGCGACAUCAAAUGGUGCAGCACCAAGGGGCAGCCCACCCGGCUGCUGGGGAACGAGUCCGCGGAGAUCGGUCUGCAGACCAAUGCCACGUACCACGCGAAGCUGCAGGUGUACCGCGUGAACAGCACCCUGCAGCUGCACAGGGUGGACGAGCCCCUGCUCCUGAGAUGCACCGUGCAAAACUUCCUGGGCACCAACUCCCAGGACAUCACUCUGGUCCCACACGCCUUGCCGUUCAAAGUGGUCAUCAUCUCUGUCAUCCUGGCCUUGCUGGUCCUCACCGUCAUCUCCCUGAUCAUCCUGAUUGUCCUGUGGCAGAAGAAACCUCGUUAUGAAAUCCGCUGGAAGGUGAUUGAGUCAGUCAGCUCCGAUGGGCAUGAGUACAUCUAUGUGGAUCCCAUGCAGCUGCCUUACGACUCCAGCUGGGAGGUGCCCAGGGACAAGCUGGUGUUAGGACGCACUCUAGGCUCCGGUGCCUUUGGACGUGUGGUGGAGGCAACAGCCCAUGGCCUGAGCCAUUCGCAGUCCACCAUGAAAGUGGCGGUCAAAAUGCUCAAGUCCACUGCCCGGAGCAGCGAGAAGCAAGCCCUUAUGUCCGAGCUGAAGAUCAUGAGCCACUUGGGACCUCACCUCAACAUCGUGAACUUGCUGGGGGCCUGCACCAAAGGAGGGCCCAUCUAUAUCAUCACCGAGUACUGCCGCUAUGGGGACCUGGUGGACUACCUGCACCGUAACAAGCACACCUUCCUGCAGUCCUAUGGAGAGAAGGCACGGCGAGAGGCAGAGGUGUACGGGAACACCGCCAAGGAGGACCACGUGCAGAGUCACCUCUCCUUGUCUGUGGAGAGCGACGGGGGCUACAUGGACAUGAGCAAGGACGACUCACUGGAUUAUGUGCCCAUGUCUGACAUGAAGGGUGAAGUCAAGUACGCUGACAUCGAGUCCUCUAACUACGGCACCCCAUAUGAGCUGGACAGCUAUUCCCCGUCAGCUCCUGAAAGAACAGACCGGGUGACGCUGAUAAACGAGUCUCCGCUCCUCAGCUAUAUGGACUUGGUGGGCUUCAGCUUCCAGGUGGCCAAUGGGAUGGAGUUCCUGGCUUCCAAAAAUUGUGUGCAUCGUGACCUGGCUGCCAGGAACGUCCUCAUCUGCGAGGGGAAGCUGGUGAAGAUCUGUGACUUUGGCCUGGCGAGGGACAUCAUGAGGGAUUCCAACUAUAUCUCCAAAGGCAGCACCUUCUUGCCCCUUAAGUGGAUGGCUCCAGAGAGCAUCUUCAACAACCUCUACACCACCCUGAGUGAUGUGUGGUCUUUUGGGAUUCUCCUCUGGGAGAUAUUCACUCUAGGGGGGACUCCAUACCCCGAACUGCCUAUGAACGAACAGUUCUACAACGCCAUCAAACGUGGCUAUCGGAUGUCCAAACCCACCCACGCCUCUGAUGAAAUCUACGAUAUCAUGCAGAAGUGCUGGGAGGAGAAGUUUGAGAUCAGACCAUCCUUCUCACAGCUGGUGGUGCUUAUGGGAAACCUCUUGGUGGAUUGCUACAGAAAGAGGUACCAGCAGGUGGAUGAAGAGUUCAUGAAGAGUGACCACCCUGCUGUUGUCCGCACAAGACCCACAAUCCCUGGGCUGAACAAUGCCAGGCUCACUCCCAGCUCCCCCACCGGCAGCAUCCUCUACACAGCCGUGCACCAGAACGGGGCCGUGCACCAGAAUGGGGGCGAGAAUGAUUAUAUCAUCCCUCUUCCCGACCCCAAACCCGAGGCAGUCUGCGAUCUCCCUCAGGAGGUCUCCAUCAGCCGGGCCAGCUCUACGCUGAACGAGGCCAACACAUCAUCUACAAUAUCCUGUGACAGCCCUCUGGGCCUCCGGCAGGAUGAGGAGCAGGAAUCCGACCCACAGGCAGGCUGCCAGGAGCCGACCACAGGGCACCAAGAGGUGGAGGAGAGUUUCCUGUAGUCAGAGCUGGGCUGACUCUGCAUCUCCCCACAGUGAGACCAGCUGAAGGGCUGACCCAGACGUCACAGAGAGCCAUGCUUUGCGCUUGUACAUUGGGACAUCCCCACCUGUCCCAGCAUUCCUCCUUCCCUCCCAUCUCCCAGUGUUGGGUGGGGAAUUAAAGACUUUUCCCCAUUGCCAUUCCCUUCCCCCUUACAAAGAGGUGGCUCAGUGCCAGCAACCUUCCAGAUCACUGCCACAUCCUCCUCAAUGAUCAAACCACUGCAGGAGGGAGACAUCUCACAGACCAACAUUUUCUUUUCAAGUGGAAGACGUGGGUUGGAUCUCCACAAGAGACGCCACUUUCUGCAUUGCUAAGAUGAUACUCCAGCCUCUUCCCCCUCCAUGGCAAUGAGUUUCAUCUCCUCUGCACCAGCACUUCUCUGAUGGUCUCAGCACCAACCACACCAUGGUUCUGUGAAAUGCAACCGGGACAGAUGAUUUGCUUGGAGCCCAUUGCUGGGGUGUAGAGAACCUGCAACAUCAACCUUCAGCUGCUGGAGAUCAAGAGUACAUUGGGUAGAUUCUCCUCCAAGCACAGCCAAGUCCUGGAGAGACCAGCCAGCGUCUCAGAGAUACUGAAUCACCAUUUUCCUUUCUUGAUAACUCUUCUAUGGUGGAUAGAGUGUCACAAGCACUACAGGUACCCAUGGUUCUGGGGCACAGCUCUGCACACACCUAGAGGGGCUGUCGCACCCCGAACCCUUUUGUGCCCAGCAUGGCACCAGGAGCCCCAAGGGCAUGCCAGGAACUCAAAAUGCUCUCAUAAUGACUCUGUUGUAGUAGCAAAGAGGGCAGUCCAGUGUUGUUCGUGUUGUCUGUGUGGACACUAAGCUAAUUAUUCUCCAUUGAAGAUUUAAAGGGAACAAAUAUAUUAAUCCACUAGCCAGGGCCAGUAUAAGGAAGCAAUAUGGCUAUUUAAAAAUCUACUGCCACUAAGCCCAGCCUGCCACUAACCAGCUCAUCUGCUGGGAAAUCAUAUAACCCUGCCAGCUGCAAAAUCUUUGUGCCUUAUCUUUGGGAAGCAAGGGCUCCCUUUUGAUAGACUGUUCACCCAAACACCCUUUCUCAGAAUGGGAGGUCUCACCGGUCCCUCCUGAGUCAUAGCAAGACUAUGGGGAGCAAUAAGGAUGCCAGAACACCAACCCAGGGACAUCUCAAAAGAGAGAGAGGGAGAGAGGCUGGGAAGCUGUUUGGUCCCAGCUGAACUGUAUCUCACACCCUGCCACUUUCUAGGGGUCAGGCACAGCCACGUGCAGCCUGUCAGGGCUGUGGAUGAAGUGUCAUGGGGAACCAAGCAGAGCAAGAGGAAUCGGGGAGGAUUCCUCUCUCUUGGAAAGUGUUUUGAAGAAUAAAAGGGCAGAGACCUUCCUCCUGCUUCUCACCUCCUUUCUUGCUUCUCACAGGCAGGACUGGGACUUCUGGUGCUCUCAGCUGCCACUUGAAUGAGGAGACUCAAAGCAGGAGGAACACCAGGCUUUUGAAAUCAGUGGUGAACCCCACCUCUGCACUGAUGAAAGCUAGGCCCCCAGAACUACAGCUCUGACACCGUAGAAACUAGCAGGGGUUUUUUUCUGAAAGGAGAAGUUUUGCCUUGCACAGAGCUCUGUUCGCUGCAUGCCCCCCAUUCCCAUUAACCCCUUCAUUGCCCUACUCAUGCACAUCUCUGUGCAUCCUACAAAAAAUGCACAUGCAGGUUUACAAAUUCAGAAAUUCAAUCAGCAUCUUGCUGGGCUUCUUCCACCUCAAAGCCACUAAGAAUUUUUUUUUUUUUUUUUAAAAAUAUGAAACUUCUGCCAAAAAUCCCCAGCAAAACAGCUUCUGUUUUAAGUGGUCUAUCGUUGCAAUGCUGCCAUUUAUGCAGCUAAAAGAGAAGUAGAUGUUUUGUGGUCUGAUGCCCUUGGUAGAAUGUGAACAUAAGAAAUAGUACUUUUAUUGGCAGCCGGUGGAGUAUAUUUUCAGCCCAUGUGGUCAGAUUCCCCACCAUCCGUAGGAAACACUGUGAAUGACAACUGUUUUUCCAUGCUCUGUUCCUUCUGCUUGUAAUGAAGGAGCCAUCUUCUGUGGCCACAGUUCAUUAAAUGAUCCUAACCGCAGAGAAGCAGUAACUCAUGAGAUCCUUGGGGUCAGACCACUUUAUUUUUCUAACAUGUCAGGUGCUUGGUAGGAUCCAUGUCACUGCAACUUGAGCCCGUAGGAUGGCACAUCGGAUCGUCCUAAUAGUCCCUGUCUGCACCAGCUCCAUUUUUAAUUUGUCCUUCUCUAUCAAAGGUGACCAGAAGUACCCAGUACUCCAGGUGAGGUCAAAUCUAGACCUCGCAUAGGGCAUUAAUAGUUCUGGUCUGUACUGGAUUUGACUUGCCUGGUGUAGCUUUGGAUAAUGUUGGCCUUUUCCCAGCCACAACAUACUGGUAGUUUGGAGUCAUCCUCUGACCAAUCUAAGCACCUACGUCUUUCUACUCUUCCGGCAUUUCUAACCAAGAUACUCCCCGCUGUUCCAGACAUUGGGUCAUCAGCACAUUUUGUUAACAAGCUGUUAUUUUUGGGCUGGACUGACUAAUAAACAUAUUAAAUACUUCUAGCAUCAAGAGCAACCCUAGAGAGCUGCUUUUACUACCUCUGUCCAGCCCAAAGAUUUCCCCAUCAAUUAACCCCUUCUCACCCUCCCUUUGGCCAUUUGCUUAUUUACUUCACAAAUCCCGUAGUAAUCUCCAUCUUGUACAGAUAAAUUACUAAUGAAAUUACUAAUUUCCCACUAUCAAAUAGUUUCCACUGUCCUGAAAGAGGAGAUCUAUUUCUUCUCCCUUCUGGGGGAACUCAGGUAUCCUGUCCUGUUAGCUCGGCAUUAGCUACACUUGGAUGCCUAUUGCAUUUUGUCCCAUUUGUAGAUUUAUUGCAAUUAUUCUUUGCAUCAAAACCUGUUCUGGCUGCUGACGGGGUGCUAACCCCACCUCCCUCUUCCUUCUUAAAGUAGGUACGCCAGACUCUUUGUAAAAUGGUACCGUUCUCCACUCCAGAGAGAUAUGACCAAAUAUUUGCCUUUGGCCCUGUGAUUGCAAGGGCCAAGUCUUGCACUUUGUGGUACUUUCCUGUUCUUACUCAACUGUUCCCAUCACCAUUCAGCCAGGGCAUGCACACCCGCUGCAGCGAGCAGAUCUUCUCAGCCAGGGACAGGCUGGCAGCCGGGCAAAGCCAACACGUUUUGCUAAGCAUCCCUGCAGCUCUCCUCAAAGAGAGGGCUUGGCAGGGCUGAGGCUUACAGCAGCCCCCCAGACAAGCUCUCUCCGCUCGGGGAGCCAGCUCCAGCCCCCGGCUCCCUCUCUCUCUGCUGCCGACAUUCCAGUCCCUGCGUGGCCCGCCGGGUGAGGGCCAGGAGAAAUGGUCGGCAGUUCUGGGCCCAUCAGUUUUGUAGCCAUAAUUUCUCCAGUGAGACUCUGAAGGGAACCGGUCCCUCCAGGUUUUUAGUUUUGAUGAUUAGUAUUUUUGUUUGGAUGUGUUUUUGUGUUUAGAGGUGGACCCAAACUGAGCCCCCCAAAAAGGGACACAUGCCACAGCUUGGGCCCAUCUCUAGUGCAAUAUCUUUUAUUUGUAGAUUAUAUUUUACUCUACAGCUGUUACAUCGUUAUCAGCACCAGUAUAUGCAUAAUCCUACUGCCAGUCACUAUUUCAUACAUACCUAAGUGUAUCCCAGAAACUAAUGCGACACUCUGGUGUCUCUUUCCACAUUUAAGAUGCUUCUCAGACUGAUGUGUGCACCGGUUUUAAUCCUUUUGUCCUUCUCAGUUUGAGCGUGUUAUUAUUUUUUUAAGUGAGAGUGUCACGUUUAGUGUUUGUUUGUGUCGUGUUAAGAAAUCUAGAGCACAGCGGACUUUACUUGUAACUAAAUUGUCUCUGUUCACCUGCCAAGGGGACUGUGGCAGAGUCCCACGGGGACGGGAGGCAGAAGUGCAAUGCAGAUGUGCAGCCAGGAGGAAAUCAGCCAGAAGUGAGAAAUGGCUCUUCCCCUUCUUCCCAGUCAGGGCUCUGGGCUGGGGGAGAGACAGCACCACAAAUGCAGGGUACUGGGCAGUGGGUUAGGUUUUGGCUGUGGGGAAGAUCUGGAGAAGGGGAUUUCACAGAUGUCUCCUUCUGGGGGCUUUUUCUAAAAUGAGAUAUCAGCUAACGUGCUAAGGAGGCAAACCCCAUGCUCCAAUGCACAGGCGCGAGGAAGGGCUCUGGCCGGGCUCGGUGCUUAGCUCAGAUCCCAGGGUUGGUGUGGCCAGUUCACAGUGCAAACCACAGGAUGUCCCACAUGGACAGGAGAGCAGUGGGCUGCCAAGCCAGCCCCCGGGAGCCUGGACGCAGCCUGGCUGCGCUCCCACUUGGAGAACAUGAAGGUUGCUCUUUGGCAGCCCUCAGCAGCCUUUUGGCAGCCUUCGCCCCAGGUGGUUGCACAGGCAGAGAGCAGCCAGGGCAGCUGCAGGUCCCCACUGGGUGCCGGGCAGCUCCUGGGCCAUGCACAGGUCCUUCCCGCAGCAGAUUGCAGCCCAGCCUGGAUGCUGAGCAGCCAAGGCUGACUGUAACAGUGGAGGUACCAUGUUGUCUGCAGGACUUGCCCAGGGCAGGCCAGGUAUCAUUCAAAAAUUUCAUGGGUCAGCACAUGGGUUGCUGGGCUCCCAGCAUAAUUCCCAUGUUUCACCCGGAGGGCUGAAGUCUCUGGGAUAUGCCAAGAUGGAUCCAGUUAGCUUUGGCAAAGGCAGGGGAACUGCUCCAAUUUAGCUCCAGCGGCACUUUGGAGAGAUGACUCUUGCAGAGGUGGGAGGAGGCAGGGAAGCCAACUCAUGCUGGGAGGCCUGCAGCGUCCCAUUGUUCCUGUCCUUUCCUCCUUCAUGGAUUGCACCAUAACUGUAAAGCUUGCCCAAAGCUUGCCCUCUGCCAUCUCCCCGUCCUGCUGUGCUGGCUUGCUGGCAUCAUGCUGUUACUCUGCAGCAUCUCUGAACAGAAACAGCACCUGCCUCCACGCUGUCUGUCAGAAACCAUCCUGAGGGCAAAGGAAAAAACAGAGUUUGGACUAAGGUACCAAAGAGUUAACAUUUUCCUAGGUUUACAGAUGUAUUUGUAGGAUUUGUACUAUGUCACAUUUAUAGCCAUGAGAUAUUAUUUUUAUGCUGUAAACUUUUACAAAUACGUUUUUAAAGAAAGAGUUUAAAAAUAAAGGUG